AUGGUGCACUCUAAAGUAGUUAUCAUCGGCUCCGGCCCUGGUGCGCACACCGCCGCCAUCUACCUUUCCCGCGCCGAGCUCCAGCCCGUCCUCUAUGAGGGUAUGCUCGCCAACGGCACCGCUGCCGGCGGCCAAUUGACCACAACCACCGAUGUCGAGAACUUCCCCGGAUUCCCCAACGGCAUUGGCGGUUCCGAGCUCAUGGACAACAUGCGCGCUCAAUCUGAGCGUUUCGGCACCGAGAUCAUCUCCGAGACCAUCUCCAAGCUGGACCUCUCAUCCCGCCCCUUCAAGAUGUGGACCGAAUGGAACGAUGCCGAAGGCAGCGAGCCCGUCCGCACCGCCGACGCCGUCAUCAUCGCCACAGGCGCCAAUGCCCGCCGUCUCAACCUGCCCGGUGAGGAGACCUACUGGCAGAACGGUAUCAGUGCCUGCGCUGUCUGCGACGGUGCUGUUCCCAUCUUCCGUAACAAGCCCCUCUACGUCAUUGGUGGUGGUGACUCUGCCGCCGAGGAGGCCAUGUUCCUCGCCAAGUACGGUAGCAACGUGACUGUUCUGGUGCGCAAGGACAAGCUGCGUGCCUCCAAGGUUAUGGCUGAGCGUCUCUUGGCUCACCCCAAGUGCACUGUUCGCUUCAACACCGUUGCUACCGAGGUUAUUGGUGAGAACAAGCCCAACGGCCUGAUGACCCACCUCCGUGUCAAGGAUGUGGUCUCUGAGAAGGAGGAGAUCGUCGAUGCCAACGGUCUCUUCUACGCCGUUGGUCACGACCCCGCCAACGCUCUGGUCAAGGGCCAGGUUAACCUCGACGACGAGGGUUACAUCGUCACCCAGCCCGGUACCAGCUUCACCAACGUCGAGGGUGUCUUCGCCUGUGGUGAUGUUCAGGACAAGCGUUACCGCCAGGCUAUCACCAGUGCCGGAUCUGGCUGUGUCGCUGCCCUCGAGGCCGAGAAGUUCCUUGCCGAGUCUGAGACCCACGAACCCGCCGUCGAGAAGGAUGCUCCUGCCGAUGCCCCGGCUGAGUACAAGUCCAACCCCCUGCUUUAA